AGACCAAGUGGGGAUUUUUGGUAUGGAGGUCUAUGAGUCUCGAACUUGGUUAACAAAAAAUGUAAUUGCGAAUUUACGACGUGAAGCUUAUUUGAUCGAACAUAAGUUUCGUAAUGUUUAGGUUUUUACGAACGUACCGAUAUAAAAGUGGACGCGCAUUGCAUUCCGACAAUGUUAUAUAAGAGUUGUGGUUUCUUGUUCACGCGCGUAUGUUCCCACCUUCCUUCCGCCUUUGCGGACAUGUAUUUCCAUUGUUAGAGGGGUCAAACGACUAUCCUACUUGCCACCAGUUGACCUGUCCAUAUAAAGUAAUAAUAAAGGAAGAAGAUGGCAGACGAAACGUUAUAUAGCUAGCUUGCUAAACAGUUAUGGCAGUUUAUUCGAUUGAGGCUAGAAAGCGAUAAAUGACUUUUCGGAAAACUUGUGGCUACCUGGCUAGUUACCGUUAGCUAGCUAGGUAGCUAACAUUGUCCUGUUACAAACUACUUAUUUAACUAGUUAGACAUUUUACAUUCUGAAUUAAAGUUACUAAUUAUACGUAAAUGUGUAUAGCAUCAGCCAGUUAGCGUUCUAGUAGCGACCAUCUCAUAGCUUGGCUGUGUAGCGUGAGCUAGCUAGGUUAGGUAAUUUGCUAGGUUAGAUUGUUGUUGCCAGUCACUGUCUUAUAAAAUAACAAAUGGCUGGGUUGGCGACUGUGACCACCCUUCGAUUGCCUAUAGGCAUACGGACAUUCAGUGAGUUGCGAGAUGUCUCUGCAUUUGGCAAACACCUGUUGAAUACAGUGUUGGGGCCAAGAAUACGGAUUAAACAGCCAAUCAGAUAUGUGACAUCUUGUGGCAUCCUUAUGACCAGAAACCCCAGGAUUCUUAUCCAUUUGGACAGGACGACAACUAUCAUUCCCCCCAGCAGAACCUUCCUUAGUCUGGCCAACAAGAGAAAACAGUAUUCAGAACGAAGAAUCAUUGGUUACUCGAUGCAGGAGAUGUAUGAUGUGGUGGCCAACGUGGACGAUUAUAAGCACUUUGUUCCGUGGUGUAAGAAAUCUCAGUUCAUCAUGCAGAGAGCCAGCCAUGCUAAAGCCAAACUAGAAGUGGGUUUCCCCCCUAUAGUCGAGAGAUACACCUCCAUGAUCACCAAUGUGCGCCCUCAUCUAGUCAAGGCUGUAUGCACAGACGGUAAACUGUUCAACCACUUGGAGACAAUAUGGCGUUUCAGCCCUGGAAUACCUGGUUAUCCCAGAACCUGUACUGUUGAUUUCUCUAUAUCUUUUGAGUUUCGCUCUUUGCUACACUCGCAGUUAGCGACGGUCUUCUUUGAUGAGGUCGUGAAGCAAAUGGUUGUUGCCUUCGAGGGCCGAGCUUGCAUCAAGUACGGCCCAGAGACUAAAAUACCCAGAGAACUCAUGUUCCAUGAGGUGAACCAAACGUGAGCCUCCAUGUGCUUGUACAUAUAUAGGAAAUUCACACGUUUUCUCCACUUUCAACCCAUUGCAUUUUGUGGACGACCAUUAGAUAGAUGACUGUUGUUGGACACAGUUGAAGUGGGGAAUGGAUCUCCAGCUUGACUGCUUGAACAACAUAGCCACCACUUGCAUGUGAGAAGAGCGUCAUUUCAGACUGGGAUCGUCCUCCGUAUGUACUGGAUUCUUAGGCCAUUCUCCUAUUUAUUGCCAAUUUGCUGCAGAGCCUGAUAUUUACUGAAGCAAAUUCCAUAUUUUGUAAAGUGUAAUGAAUUGUCAGGCUUUCAAUAUUAUUUUUACCAAUCCAGUAAAUACUUCAGCUAGUUAACUGGGGACUCAUAAGAGAACUGAACAUAAUAUAUUUUGGAAGAAUAUACCAUGUCACACCCAUUUCAUUUUCAUAAGAUGUUUUAACUGGUUUGAAUCAUGUCCACACAUUAAAUCUAUGUAAAAAAUAUAAACACAACAAUUUAACUGAGUGUGUGUAUAUAAGGAAAUCAGUUCAUUGAAAUAAAUUCACUAUGCCCUAAUCUAUAAAUUUUACGACUGGGAUUACAGAUAUGCAUCUGUUGGUCAGAUAGCUUUAAAAAAUUGACCUCACAAUAGGGCUCAGGAUCUCAUCACACUAUCUCUGUGCAUUCAAAUUUCCAUAAACUGCAAUUGUGUUCCUUGUCCGUAGCUUUUGCCUGCCCAUAUCAUAACCCCACCGCCAUUGAAAGGGAGAUUUAUAUUGCUUUCCUAUAACAUUCCCCUGAUUUGCCUUAAUGUUUAUUUUGGGGUAAAGGGACAUAUUAAUCUCCAGCACCACCCCAACAAAUGUGAAAACAGCAUGUUUAUGUUUUGAAAAAGUUUACAAUGACAUCAGUGUGCAUCGUGAUUUUAACCAAUUAUGAGUAGGCAUUGCCUACACUUAGAGGAAGACAUCUUUUACCUCAAAACAUAAACACUCCCAUUUUCACAUAGGUUGGGGUGGUGCUGGGGAUGUUGAAAAGGGGUGAUUCUGUUGGUGGGAAUCAGGGCUCUUAAGGUCCUGCCAGCCAUUACCACCCCGUUUAUGUAUGUAUUUUAGACUUUAAAACAAAAGUACAACUUUUGUCAAUAUCAGGACAUUUCAGGUUGUCACAGGAGUGCUUGGCAAAUCAGCCAAUUGAUCAUUUGAAGCCACAGUUCAAAUCAGUUGCAACACAUAGCAAUUUUGUAUUUUCUGACCAAAGCACUGAUGUUGUUUAUUUGGAAUCCAGUCUCCGUACCACAUGCAUAUGACGUCUUGACCAGGCCAAAGGGAAGCAGAAACCUGAGUGCUGUGGAGACCUGUCUGGUACACUAUUAAUAAGUGCAAUGUCCUCAGAAAACUCCAGCCAACACAUACGUAUCAUACGCAGCCGGCACAGAAUAACAUGACUGUUCUGUGGUAAUGUAAAUGCAUUCAGGUAAAGAAUGUGCAACAACCACAUCUCCAUAAACAGACAGCAAUAAAAAAAAACUGAAUUCGAGAUAACAGUAAUUGUUAACAUUUGCCUUUUAUUUCAAAUUGUUUUCCAUUUUCUCUCCCAUAUCCAGCUCUGCUAGAUAAUAAAGUUCAGAUUUCUCCACUUCA